GUGAGAUUCGAUCUGCCACAGGCCAAGCUUCGCCUGGAACUGUUACGAUAUACAUCCCGCGAAGCUUGAUAAAUAUCUACGGAAGCCGGUCUUGUUUGUCUUGGAGUUGCAUCACCAUCAUCACCAUCACCACCACCACAAAGCAACAGCACCACACACGCAAAACACUUCUUUCCUCCCUCUCCACCUUAACUACAUCCUCGAAUACCCCCCAAGCGCCAAAUCCAAUCACCAAAAUGCGCGUCACGGCCGCCACGCUCGCCAUGAUGGCCACCACGCUGGUGGCCGCGCAGCAGUACGACAUCGCCGAGGGGGUCGACGGCCUCAGCAACAUCAACAUGCGCGACAUGGUCAAGCUGACCCUCGACAAGCGCAGCGACGGCGAGGAGCCCGUCUCGCUGUGGGUGCACAAGAGCUUCAAGGUCCGGUCCGAGGACGACGACGCCGCCUUCCCCCAGCUGGACGUGCGCGCCGACGACAAGGAUAAGAAGCCGUCAAACGCUACCGCGGCCGCGGCCAAGGACAAGAAGCCCAAGAAGAAGACGUUCAAGGUCCACGUGACCGAGUUCAACGACAGCAUCGUCAAGUGGGUCCCGAAGGCCAAGGACGUCAAGAAGGACCCGAAGCCGGCCAACAAGAAGGAGGGCGACAAAAAGGACAAGAAGCCCAAGACCGACGAGGAGAAGAAGGCGUCGAGGGAAAAGGCCAAGGAGAAGGCCAAGGUGAAGUUUGAGCGCGGAAGCUGCGGCGCCAGCAGCUUCACCAACAAGACCACCGUCGCCGCGCCCUUCACCGGCGGCUGCCUCGCCAUCCGCAACUGGGCCAAGAAGAACCCGGGCAAGUGGGUCUUCUCGCCCGCCAAGGUACAGGGCGAGAUCAACCUGAUCGUGGCCGGGUCGAACAGCGGCGCCAACUGCCGCUUCGUCAUCCGCAACAGCAGCGGCCACAAGACCUUCAUCGCAAACAUCGACGUGCAGGAGCUCAUCACCGACUCGCACCGCCGCUUCGCCGUCCGCUACGGCAACAGCGCCGACAAGACGCGCGGCCACCGCGUCUCGGCCGAGGGCAACAUGAAGUGCGACAAGCAGUACAAGAACGGCACCAAGUUCGAGCAGAAUGUCAGCUGGGGCAUCCUCAAGUUCGACGGCCAGGUUUAAAGGGCUUCCGGCCUCUCGCUUCUCCCACGCACCCGCCAUCUCCCCUAUCAUUCUCUGCCAGGACAGGACUAUACCCUUUUUCGGAUUCUGCCUUUAUCAUAUAUAUUGUUUUUUGUUGCAUAGCGUUCGGUUGGCGUUUGGUAAUUCUUGCAUAGCGAUACGGUUAAAAUUAGCAUGGUUUUGCAAUGUAUGAUGUUCACAUAUAUCACAUGUCCUUUUGCAC